CGGCAUUGGUCCACAUGACUUCACCACAUAGUGGAGUACCUGAUAUACCAGGAAUACUUCAAUACGAACCUGCUCUCGGCCAUUUGAAGCAAUAUGUAGCGAAUUUAAUGCAAAUGCGAAGUUAUAGAUUUCCAGGAGCGCAGCCAGUGAGCUUCAGACAAGAUCAUCUUAGACAGUUAGAGAGGGAAGACUAUUUUGUAGCCGAAAAAUCAGACGGCGUUCGCUGUUUGGCACUGAUCACAGUGAACCGAGAAACGAAAGCACAAGAAGUGUAUUUGUUUGAUCGAAAGAGCAACUUCUUUUUAAUACCAAACCUCCGCUUUCCAAUACCUAAUGAUCCAUCCUUCCAAAAAUGCCAUACGGAUACAAUAAUAGAUGGCGAACUCGUUCUGGACAAAGAGCCAGAUGGACGGGUGCAACAACGAUUACUACUAUUCGACUGCUUGACCAUUGCUGGAAAAGUUCUUGUUGAACGCGAUUUGUCCAAAAGAUUAGGCUACCUGAAGAUGGAUAUUCUUCGACCUUAUCAGCAAAUGUUACAGAAACGACCUGAUAUAGCCUCAUCCCAACCGUUCAGCGUCGAAUUCAAAGAACAGCAAUUUUCUUAUCAUUUAGAGACGAUUUUCAACGAGAUCAUACCGAACUUGAAGCAUGGAAACGAUGGACUGAUAUUUACAUCUGUUAAUGGGCCCUACACUCUGGGAACAUGCGAAACAAUGCUCAAAUGGAAACCUGCAAAUGAAAAUUCGAUAGAUUUUAAAAUUAGUCUAGAUUUCCCUCCAAGUGGAACUAUCCCAGGCGUGGUCGACACAACAGCACGGCCACGCAUUGGACUUUGGGUAUGGAGGGGAGGAAGAGAUUACAUGCCCUUUGGUGAGAUGGGAGUUACCGACGAGGAAUGGUUUAGGGACUUUGCACCAUUAGGGAGAACCUUACAAGGUCGUAUUGUUGAAUGCAAUUACGAUAUCGAAGCACAACAACGUCUAAGGCUCAGCAGCCCCUGGCGAUUUAUGAGGUAUCGAACAGAUAAACCCGAUGCCAAUCACAAAUCCACCGUCGACAAGGUCCUAGAUAGUAUACGCGAUGGUAUCACGCAACAAGAGCUGGUUGACAGAGCUCCAUAUUUUCGUGAAGCAUGGAAUCAGCGUAAGCAUCAAUAAAAACCGCAAUACACAUGUUCUGAAUGAGGAGGGUACGGAAUUUAAAAAUUUUGGUCCACAUUCCCUUUGUGUCCGGGGAAAAGGUGUUCCACCUGAUCCUGGACUUCAUUUCCUCCGAAUGG